AGUUUAUCGAUUGGAAAUCAUGGUAAACACGUUGGAAGGCCUAGAAUCGACGAGGAAUUUGAUUUUGAAGGAAAAUCCAAUGCGACGAGCCGCGGAACUUGUCGCCAGACUAUCGGCAGAUGAAGUUACGAUGCGUGCCGCGAAAUACGAGCUGAUCAAGUUCAAUCGAGCAUUCCAGAAUUUCAUGCUAGUGUUGGAUGAGAAUAUUGAAGAGAUUCUGAUGUCAAACGACAAUUCUACUCGAAUUCAGCUCAAGAAGCUUCCGGAAUUUCCAUCCUUCUCGGAUUCGUUUAUGCAAGAAUAUGAAAAAGCUCUUCUGAAUGGCGCAGAGAAGCUCAAAGCUUCAACCUCCAGCGAAAAAGGAUCCAUCCCGUCAGUCUCCUUUUCUUCAUCAAUUUCAAGCUCUAGCGCCGAGCUAUCAGAUGCUCGAUGCCUUAUCUGUCUGGACGACGUUAUUUCGACUGAAAAAACUAUCAAAUGCAAUUCGUGUAGACGUCGGUUUCAUCUCGAUUGCGCUUCCCAAUGGUUCAAGGAAAAGAGCGUUUGUCCAGCUUGUAAUCGAGGGAUGCUGGAUCCAACGGAAUUUCCAUCUCUUUAAUACCUCGUUUUAAUUAAUUUUUCAAUAAUUUCAUGUGUAAUUCGUUUUGCUUUUUAAUAAUUACAGUUGUAAUAAAACUAUA